CCAGGGCGAGUAAAGACCAGCAAAGACAAAGCAGGAUGAGAAGAUGGCUGACUUCUUGUUACCACCGGGUACUAACAGCUUCCACCGGUUCACGCCUGAAUCCUUGGCUGCCAUUGAGAAACGAAUUGCCGAGAAGCUUGCAAGGAAUGCAAAGCAGGAAUACAGAGAGCAGCUGGGUGAAGAGGAGAAACCUCAGCCUCAGUUUGAUUUGCAAGCUUGCAAGAAGCUGCCCGAUAUCUACGGGACUGUUCCUCCAGAGCUCAUUGGGGAGCCAUUGGAGGACAUUGACCCUUUCUAUAAUGAUCGUAAGACAUUUAUAGUACUGAACAAAGGGAAGACAAUCUUCCGAUUUAGUGCCACUCCUGCCUUGUAUAUACUUAGUCCUUUCCACCCAGUCAGAAGAGCAGCAAUUAAAAUUUUGGUACAUUCAUUGUUCAGUAUGUUUAUCAUGUGCACUAUUUUAACUAAUUGUGUCUUCAUGGCACAAUCAGAGACUCCGCCGUGGAAUAAGUACGUUGAGUACACUUUCACUGGCAUUUACACUUUUGAGUCAUUGAUAAAGAUCUUGGCGAGAGGAUUUUGCAUGACAGAGUUCACCUUCCUUCGGGACCCGUGGAACUGGCUGGAUUUCAGCGUCAUCGUCAUGGCAUACAUAACUGAAUUUGUGGACCUGGGCAAUGUCUCAGCCUUACGAACGUUCAGAGUACUGCGGGCGCUGAAAACAAUCUCAGUCAUUUCAGGACUGAAGACCAUUGUAGGUGCACUUAUCCAGUCUGUUAAGAAACUUGCUGAUGUGAUGAUCCUGACCGUUUUCUGCUUGAGUGUCUUUGCCCUCAUAGGCCUCCAGCUCUUCAUGGGCAACCUGCGACACAAGUGUGUCAGGGACUACACUCAGUUUAACUUCACUAACGGCACCUUGUACUUGGAUGGUAGGACGUGGAACACCUCAGAGGAGUUUCUUAGUGAUCCAGUGAACUACUUCAUAAAAAAUGGUACAGAAGAUGUGUUGCUGUGUGGCAAUAGCAGUGAUGCUGGCACGUGCCCUGAGGGAUACAUCUGUCUGAAGGCUGGGGAAAACCCUGACCAUGGAUACACAAGCUUUGAUACUUUUGGCUGGGCCUUUCUCUCUUUGUUCCGUCUUAUGACUCAGGAUUAUUGGGAACGUCUUUAUCAACAGACUCUCAGAUCUGCUGGGAAGAUCUACAUGCUUUUUUUUAUGCUGGUCAUCUUUCUGGGCUCAUUUUAUCUGAUCAACCUGAUUCUGGCUGUUGUGGCCAUGGCAUAUGAAGAGCAGAACCAAGCCACUAUUGCUGAAACAGAGGAGAAGGAACGGAAAUUUCGGGAAGCCAUGGAGAUGUUAAAGAAAGAACAGGAGGCACUAGCUGCUAAAGGCAUUGAUUCAAUGUCACUUAGUUCAUUGGAAAUGUCACCUUUGGCAUCCAAAAAUGCCAAGGAAAGAAGAAAUAAGCGAAAGAAAAAGAAAUCUUUGGGGGCAGAAGAGUAUGGCGAAGACCAAAGGAAUCCCAAGUGUGACUACGAUGAGGGUCAGAGGAGAAUGACUCUCCUUGGCAUUAGUUAUGGUCCCAGUGCACACUUGGUGAAGCGCAGAACCAGCCACGGAAGCGUAUUCAGUUUCCGACUCCGUGGUAGAGACACUGUCUCCGAAACAGACUUUGCCGAUGAUGAGAUCAGCACUGCUGGGGAAAAUGAAAGCCACCGAGGCUCUCUCUUAAUUCCAAGAUCUGGGAGGCGUCCAAGCAUGCAAAGUCAAGUGAGCCAUAGUUCUCACCCUGCUACUCCCAACUACACCCAGACGGGCAAAAGGAACAGCUCAGUGGAUUGCAAUGGUGUGGUUUCCCUGAUAGGAGGAGGCAUCGGGGCACUCAACCCAGACCCUACUUCUCCUGCAGGGUUACUGCUCCCCCCAGUUAUUUUGGAAAAGCCUGGGCCAGGCGAUCUGACCUCUCCCUCGGAUGAAGCAAGCAAGAAGCAGCUUUUAAUGCCCCACCGCCCAUCAGUAGACCACUCAGAUGAACCCUUUCAGAGGCAGCGGGCAGUGAGUGCUGUCAGCAUCAUCACCAGUGCCCUGGAAGAGCUUGAGGAAUCACACCAGAAAUGUCCUCCCUGCUGGAACCACUUUGCUGUUAAAUUUCUCAUUUGGGACUGCUGCCCAUUUUGGCUUUUAAUCAAGAAAUUUGUCAAGUUUGUGGUAAUGGACCCAUUUACUGACCUCACCAUCACCCUCUGCAUUGUGCUGAACACGCUCUUCAUGGCCUUGGAGCACUACAAGAUGACGAAGGAGUUUGACCACAUGCUUUACAUAGGCAACUUGGUCUUCACUGGGAUUUUUACAGCUGAGAUGAUCUUCAAAGUAAUUGCCCUUGACCCCUACUACUAUUUUCAGCAAGGCUGGAAUAUUUUUGACAGCAUAAUUGUUAUUCUAAGUCUGAUGGAAUUGGGUUUGUCCAGCAUGGGAAAUCUGUCUGUUUUACGCUCCUUUCGACUGCUGCGAGUCUUCAAACUGGCAAAGUCCUGGCCCACCUUGAACACGCUCAUCAAAAUCAUCGGCAACUCGGUGGGCGCCCUGGGUAACCUCACUCUGGUGCUGGCAAUCAUCGUCUUCAUUUUUGCUGUGGUGGGAAUGCAGCUUUUUGGGAAGAGCUACUUGGACAACGUGAAGAAGAUAAGCACAACUGGCAACUUGCCAAGGUGGCACAUGAACGAUUUCUUCCACUCCUUCCUCAUCAUCUUCCGAAUUUUGUGUGGAGAGUGGAUUGAGACCAUGUGGGACUGCAUGGAAGUAGCUGGGCAGCCGCUGUGCCUUCUCGUCUUCUUGUUGGUCAUGGUGAUAGGAAACCUGGUGGUGCUCAACCUGUUCCUUGCCCUGCUGCUGAGCUCUUUCAGCGCUGACAACCUCUCGGCGCCUGACGAGGACGGGGAGAUGAACAACCUGCAGCUUGCUUUCGCUCGGAUCAACAGAGGUCUCCAGUACGGGAAACAGGCAGUGUGGAGUUUUUGCUGCCACGUUCUCCGGCACCCCAAGACAACAGCUGAGAAGAAGGCCAUGAUGAAGCUUGCUGCCCAGAAUACAGGUGCCCUUAACAACUGUGUGAACAGCCACACAGCUGCUGAGCUUGGCAAAGACAUGGAGAAUUACAAAGAGAACCACCCUGAGGAUGGAAUUAAUAAAAGUGGGGAGAAACACCUGGGGAUUACAGAUGAUGAUUUUAUGACCAAUCCUGACCUGUCCAUUUGUGUUCCUAUUGCUGUGGGAGAGUCAGACAUUGAGGAGGAAGAUGAGGAGCAGAGCACCUUCACAGAAAUGGAGCAGCAGGACAAACAGCUGCAGCUGAGGGGGCAGCGAUGCCAAAGCCCAGGCGUCCGGAGUCAGAACUCUGAGAUUUGUGAAGAGUUAAGUGAGUUGCACGUGGAUAAGCAGCUGAAGGCUGAGCCACCACCUCCACUAGGGCAAAAAGAGCUUGAUGAAAUCAGUCUUUCUGAAGGCAGCACAGUGGAUUUGACAAAUCCUGCAGAACUGCUGGAGCAGAUCCCUGAGUUUGCUGAGGAGCUGAUGGAGCCUGAAGAUUGCUUCCCUGAAGUUUGUGUAAGAUUCUUCCCUUGUUGUUCCGUGGACAUCACAAAAUUUCCAGGCAAAGUUUGGUGGAGGCUGCGGAAAACCUGCUACAGAAUUGUUGAACACAACUGGUUUGAAACCUUCAUCAUAUUCAUGAUCCUGCUGAGCAGCGGAGCCUUGGCUUUUGAAGAUAUUUACCUUGAAGAUCGAAAAAACAUCAAAACCAUGCUGGAAUAUGCUGACAAGGUGUUCACAUACAUCUUCGUCCUGGAAAUGCUCCUGAAAUGGGUGGCUUACGGCUUCAAGAAGUAUUUCACCAAUGCCUGGUGCUGGCUGGACUUCCUCAUCGUAGAUGUCUCUUUGAUUAGCCUCAUUGCCAAUACACUUGGAUACUCUGAGAUGGGUCCCAUUAAAUCCCUCAGGACCCUCCGAGCUCUGCGGCCAUUAAGAGCAUUGUCACGAUUUGAAGGGAUGAGGGUGGUGGUCAAUGCCCUCGUGGGAGCCAUCCCUUCCAUCAUGAAUGUUCUUCUCGUCUGCCUCAUCUUCUGGCUCAUCUUUAGCAUCAUGGGAGUGAACCUGUUUGCUGGGAAGUUUGGGAAGUGCAUUAAUAAGACAGAAGGAGAUACGCCUUUAGACUCCAAAAUUAUCAACAACAUGAGUGACUGUAUCCUCUACAAUGUGUCAGGCACCUUUUACUGGACAAAAGUCAAAGUCAACUUUGAUAAUGUUGGUGCUGGGUACCUGGCUCUGCUGCAAGUGGCCACAUUUAAGGGCUGGAUGGAUAUUAUGUACGCAGCAGUGGAUUCACGAGGGUGUGAGGAGCAGCCUGAAUGGGAAUGUAACUUAUACAUGUACCUGUACUUUGUGAUCUUCAUCAUCUUUGGCUCUUUCUUCACACUGAACCUCUUCAUUGGUGUCAUCAUUGACAAUUUUAACCAACAAAAGAAAAAGAUAAGUGGCCAGGACAUCUUCAUGACAGAAGAACAGAAAAAGUAUUAUAAUGCAAUGAAAAAGCUGGGGUCUAAAAAACCUCAAAAGCCAAUCCCAAGGCCACUGAACAAAUACCAAGGUUUUAUUUUCGAUGUUGUCUCAAAACAAGCCUUUGAUGUCUCCAUCAUGAUUCUCAUCUGCCUUAACAUGAUUACCAUGAUGGUGGAAACGGAUGACCAAAGUCAAGAAAAAGUGAACAUCCUCCAUAAAAUCAACAUGCUUUUUGUGGCCAUCUUCACCGGGGAGUGCAUCAUCAAAAUGCUGGCUCUGCGGCACUACUACUUCACCAACGGAUGGAAUAUCUUUGACUUUGUUGUUGUGAUUCUCUCCAUCGUAGGCACUGUGCUUUCUGACAUCAUCCAGAAGUAUUUCUUCUCUCCCACGCUCUUCAGAGUCAUUCGCUUGGCUCGGAUUGGCCGGAUCCUGAGGCUUAUCCGGGGAGCCAAAGGAAUUCGAACUCUCUUGUUUGCCUUAAUGAUGUCCCUGCCUGCUCUGUUCAACAUUGGCCUCUUGCUUUUUCUGGUCAUGUUCAUUUACGCCAUUUUUGGCAUGGCUAACUUUGCCUACGUGAAGAAAGAGCAUGGGAUCGACGACAUGUUCAACUUCCAAACCUUUGCUAACAGCAUGCUGUGUCUCUUCCAAAUCACCACGUCAGCUGGCUGGGAUGGUCUUCUCAACCCUAUUUUGAACACUGGACCACCAUAUUGCGACCCCAACCUUCCAAAUGCGAACGGUUCAAAGGGAGACUGUGGGAGCCCUGCCGUAGGGAUUUUAUUCUUUGUUACUUACAUCAUUAUAUCAUUUCUUAUUGUUGUAAACAUGUAUAUAGCCAUUAUUUUAGAGAACUUCAGUGUAGCCACUGAGGAAAGUACAGAGCCUCUAAGCGAGGAUGAUUUUGAUAUGUUCUAUGAAAUCUGGGAGAAGUUUGACCCUGAAGCCACUCAGUUUAUUGAGUAUUCUGCACUUUCAGACUUUGCAGAUGCACUGUCGGAACCUUUGCGUAUCGCGAAACCAAACAAGAUCAAACUGAUAGCGAUGGACCUGCCCAUGGUCAGUGGGGACAGGAUCCACUGCUUGGAUAUUUUGUUUGCUUUUACUAAAAGGGUGCUAGGAGAAUCCGGAGAGAUGGAUGCCCUUAAAAUACAGAUGGAAGAAAAGUUCAUGGCGGCAAAUCCGUCUAAGAUCUCUUACGAGCCUAUUACGACAACCCUCAGAAGGAAGCAAGAAGAGGUCUCAGCCAUUGUCAUCCAGCGAGCCUACAGGAGACACUUGUUCCGGCGCUCAAUGAAGCAGGCAUCCUACUUGUACCGGCACAGAACUUUGGAGAACAGCAUCCUGGAGGAUGAUGCACCCGAGAAGGAGGGGCUGAUUGCAUUCAUGAUGAACGAAAACUACGGCAGGCCAAUAGACAAAUCAGAAACUCUCUCCUCCACAUCUUUCCCUCCCUCCUACGACAGCGUCACCAGAGGCACGAGCGAUAAUCUCCAGCUGAAGAUGACAGACUCGGGCAGAAGCGACGAGGCUAUAGAUUGUCUUCUCUCACCAGACAAGGAUAAAGAAUCGAUUGUUUAGGUGUUUGUUAAGAAUGCUUUAAAAUACUGUUUACAGAAUGUAAAGCUGUAACUACACAACAAUUGAAGCAGCCUUCUUAUUAAAAAAUAGUUGCAAAAGAAACAGUGGAGUUUUUACCCUUAACCACAGGAGUCUAACGAGUCAUAUAACCUUUGGCCCUGCUCUUUUUGACUUGACUGAGUAUUUAUAUUUGUAUAUGCACAGGAAGAAUCUCUGCAGGGUCACAGCUGUUAUAUCAGCAGUGUGAAUAAAAUACGCUAGGCUGUACGACAGUAAACACAGUGUAUAUCUAUCCACAGAUAAAGCUUGGCUGUAUACAUUCAUUUAAGGUCUUACUCAUAUUAGUGUGUUUACUUAUGGCAAUGUACGACCUUGCAUUCUGAAAAGAAAACAAAAUCUCACAGCUGCUGUAGCAAAAAUGUAACACUUACUGUAUAUGUUGUGAAUGGUCUUUCAUAAAUUUAUUAUAUUUGAUAUUUUUUUACUUAAAAGAAAAAAGGUCUCUUUUUCCAUGGAAAUUAAUGAUCCUUACACUCUUCGUGAGGAACCGAGUCAAGGUAAUAGGAGAUUACGGGAUGCCCGUCGCUUGAAGAGGAAAGCUGUUGCAAAGUAAACUAUCAAAUUAGCAACCUUUUAACUGUUUAUCACACUAAAUGCUCCCUCUUGGGACUUGUAACCGCUCACAAAGAAAAACAAAAAAUCAAAACAGAAAAGAGAGAAGGAAGUGAUGUGAAAGUAGUGAGAGAAAUGGCUUGUUCUGUCCUUGAGGAAACUAGGCAGUAAUGGAGUCUGUUUGUAAAACUGUUAAUAAAAGCACUACGUUUUUUAGUAUGUUUCAAGCAUCUGCUUUGAAUGGAGUCACAACCCAGCUCGCCACAGCAGCAGUCUGUCACCGUUGUCUGUAGUGCUCCAACGCACCGUCUGCGCUGGCCAAGUUUCUGUUCAGGUAGUGGGACAGGUUCUCUUUUCCCCAGGAAUGCUGAGCUAAGCAGCCUUGUUGGAAACAUUACUCCAAAAAUAAUAUUGCUACUACUGCUAUUUCUAUUGCUACUACUACUAAAAGCAAUGCCAAUUGGACCGUGUAGAACAGCUGUGACAGUGUGAUCAAGACGGUGGGAGGGGGAUUGCCUCUGGAUCCGUACAUAUAUUUGGGGGUUUGAAUCCUUUCUACUCAACGUCCAUCAUUCAUUUUCUCAGAUGGUGCAGUCAGAUUACAGGGGAAGGACAAGAAAGGCAGGAAGCAAUUAAAAAAAACCCAAACAAGAUCUGUGAAAUAGAUGUGUCCUCAUUCUGUAGGCAAAGUAAUAUUUAAUGUCCAUCAGCUUUAGGCCAAAGAAAUGGCAGUGGGGUGUGACCCUAGGAAAGUAUUAGAGGUUGGACCUGCCAACUUCAGUUAUCACUUACUGUUAAAUUUUGAGCCUCCAUAGAAAGUGAGAAAGUAUUUGUGGAAUACAAGGUCAAGUCCAUGAUUACAGACAACUUCUUUCUGUUUCACCUCCAGAUUGAUUGUAUUUGGAUUUGGGUGGACUUUGUGGAAACCCUUGAGAUUUCUGUAAUGCACUUUAAGGAAGAGUAAUGUGCUUUUCACCUUGGAGAAGAUACCAAGAAUGUAUUUAAGGUGUGUUGUCAUUGAAGUUUAGGUAUAUCCCAGGUUGUAAAGGAGUCAAAAGCCACAUAGGGUUGGCAAGGAGAAUUAAAGUGACACGUUACAGUCAAGUUCAUCUAUAGGCACUGUUAUCUGUCCUCUAGUCCUCCAAACCAGGUCAGAAUAUGUGAAGAGAACGACAAGAGGAUGAUUGUGUAAAUAUGGGCUAAUAUAUUCUCUCCAUUCAUUGAGAGGUGUCUCAGGUGUUCACUUGAGAGUGGUCUAUCAGUUCAUUCAGAGGAUUUGCCAUCAGGAUUCCUGGGGUCUAUUCCUGAUUCUUACUACACGAUUUUUAGGCAAAUAAUUUAACCUAUCUGUGCCUCAGUUUACCCAUCUGUAAAAUGGGGAUAAUAAUACUUAACCUACCUCACAGGGGUGUCGUAAGACUUUCUGGUUGCAAAGUGCUAUAAGGGAAUGAAUUGUACUAUAUAAGUAUUAUUAUAGUCAUGCUCUCUUGCCCUUUUAACCCCAUGUCUAUGGUGUAUAACAUAGGGCUGUUCCUUCGGGCAUUUUGCUGCCUUUAAAUCUUGUGUGUAAUUAGACUCUAACUUAAGGGAACUGCGCUUUGUUCCUCGAAGUGAAAACACUCUGUUCUUUCCUCCCUCCCCCCCACCAACCAAAAAAAACCCACCCAAAUUUGCUGAAGGCUUCUCAAAUUAGAGAAACUUUAUACAUGUUCCCUGUGUAUUUAUGCUGUGCUGUUAUUCUGACUGUACAUAUCACCCAGAGGAUGUGAGUUUUAUAUUUAUAUGCAUACACCCCCCCUAUAGCUAUACCUACAUAUGUAUCUUGUGAGUGUAUGGAGUGGCUGACACUCAGAGGACACAACUUACUGAUUCAAAUGGUUUCUUCUCAAUGGGAUCUAUUGAUCAUUAGCAAAGAGCUGCUGCCUAUAAUGAAACCAUUUAAUUAGAAAACAGCACAUUCAUUACAUGCUGAACAAGCAGUUAUUGGCUGACAAGAAGUGAAAUUAUUUUCCUUUCAAAUCUUUAGGACGGGGUGGGGGAGGGGAAGAGAGAAAAAUACGAAGAGAAAGAAGCAUUUCUUAUCUGUUUUGGUUGAGUUUUAUUUUGUGUACAAUAUAAAUCGUUCAAAGUCCAAGCAAGAAGCUGGCCUGCACUCAGCACUGCAAUGUUGGUCAUGCUACUUAACACGAAAAGUAAUAGCUGUUAUCACUUGCAUUAGAAAAUAUUCAAGUGAUAUAUUUACUAAGAGUCAAGGCCAGAAGUGAGCAGGAUGUGGUGGAUGAUGGUUAGCUGUCACUGAUUAUUUUAGGCAAGAGCUGUUCCUCUGGUCAUGUCACCCUUGCCUUGCACAUUUUAUUGUCAUUGCUGCGAGACCCUUCAGUACUGAAGCAAUUCCAAAUGGUUCUGUCUUCUACCCAAAACAUGUAAAAAAAAACUCCAAAAACUCAGAAUGCAAAAAAAGAUCCCAACAAGUCAAUAAAACCUCUUGAGAGAAAGGGUCUUAACUAGAGGUGUUUACAGUGCAAUUUUCCCAACCGGAAUUGGAAAUGACUUUCCAGCCCUUUGUAACUGGAAGGUUGUUUUUUUUCUACUGAGCUUUCUAUUUCGUGGCCCAUUUCUUCAGAGCUGGAGAGGGAAUGGUGUCUUUGAAUGGUAUGCAGAACUCCCCUCCAAAACCCCAACUUCCCUCACUUGCAGGUCUUCAGUGUUGGAGGUGCUGAUCCAAAUCUAGCAGUGCUACAACCUCCUGGUGCAGUGAUGUAGUUAGAGACACUGACUCAAUAGUUGGCCCACACUGUCUAUAAGCAUGGUGAGUGCUACCAUUUUUUUCUGUUGGUUUGUUCACUAAAGGCUGCCACAUGAAUCACUCAAGCUAUGAAAAGAGCAAGGAAAAUAUCAGCCAAUAUCAUAGGACAUAUUAAGCUGUUUGUACCUGGAAAAAAAAUCAAGUUUAUUAUGUUUCUUUAUUAAAUAAAUAAGGAUAACAAAUA